UUUGUUUAGCAUUGUUGUUUAAUGUAUACUUAAUGCCAAUUACUGUAUUUCAUUAGUAUCUUAUAGUUUAGUUCAAAGAGUUUAUUUCACACAGCUUUGGGUGGGGUGCAAACUGUCUCUCUUUUGAGAAAUAAGAAGAAACGUAUAGACAUUAUAGAGUACCAGAGAACAUGGUUUGCUCUUUUCACCAUUGAUUCAAAAGGAUCAUUUCUGAAUUUGCAUUUCACAAUGUCACAUCUAUCAAUUCAUUAAGGGCUUUUAAAAUGAGGACAGUUUGAGAAUUAGAAAUCAGGAAGCAGUUCUCAACUCUUUUCCGAUCAGCCAAAUACGUGGUAGGGUGUGAAAACCAUCACACACCCUGCAAAACCCAAAUUAAAGAAGCUCUCUCUUCUCGAAAGUCAAGGCAAAUAGAAAAGAGAGAGUAAUAAAGAUUUAUUAUUCGUCUCAUAUAGUCAGCUAGAGAAGGCUUUGUUCUUUUAGGUUGCUUCUUGCAGUGGCAUAAAUGAGUCCCAAGGCAUUAGGGUAACCUUUUACAUAUCACACAAUACUGCAAUAUUUUAAGCAAAAUCUUUAUCACAGAUAUCUGAGUUUACAAUUUGAAUGGCAUGUAAUUUAUGCUUCUGCCAUUUCCGACCAUACCAUUAUGAUACUGCUUUGAAAUAAGCAGUUGCAGUGUAGUUGACACUGAAUUUAGUACAAACUAUUUAGAUACAGUAUAUGUAAUCAAAGUACUAUCGUUUAUGACAAAUAAGUAUCACAUACAGGAAGAUGGAAAGAAUGUCUUAGUGACAGCACUUCUUGUCAUGUUGAGGGUGCUACUGGUCUCACUUCACAAUGCCUGUGGUUUCUGGUUAGCUCCAGAAGUGGCGCCAAAGAUCUUCAGCAAACAAGCAGAGCUUUCAGUCCCAUUGUGUUCAGACUCUUUUGCCAAACAAGAUGCUGCGGAGUAUCGUCCUGAUUGCCCUGCUGAUAUCCUCAGUUUGCGCUCUUCAAUGGGAAAUGCACAAAGAAGAGUCUACUGGAAAUGAACUUGAAGAAGGCUCUGGUGAGAUACAAACAGAACAACUCCCUGGAACAUGCUGGGCUUGCAAGUGGGUGAUGAAGAAGCUGAAAAAACAAAUCUCCAAUGGAGCAACUCCGGACGACAUUAAAAAGAAGCUGGGGAUGGUCUGUGAUGAGAUUGGCUUCCUAAAGUCACUGUGUAGGAAGUUUGUGAACAAGUACACAGACACUCUGAUCGAAGAACUUUCAACUACCGAUGAUGCCAGAACCAUCUGUGUUAACGUUACUGUUUGCAAGAAAUAGGCAUGGAGUUAAUGACCUAAUAAAAGUUUAAGAAUCA